AAAACUUUUGACUGCUUCGACUUAGUUCGAAAUUGUAUCCCAACAGAGAGAAAAAUCAAAGUCGCUUCAGUAUAGCCGAUUAAAGUUGUAGUUUUGAUAGGCUAGAGAGAUGGCUAGCAUUACCUUCAAGAAUCGUCCCACCCAGGUGUUGCACACCUACCAAGUCUGGCGCAUUGGCAGCAAUGUGGACGACAAGACUCUUGAUUACUGUCUACAGGAUAAGUCUGUGGACAAGUUUCAUGCCAGCUUGACCCGUGGCGAGAAGGGUUUGUUUCUGGUCAACGAGAGUCGCCACGGAAGUGUGGCCGUGAAUGGGAGACGAAUCGGCGGACCGGUCCUCAUCACCUAUCGGGAUGCCAUCAAUGGGAUUGUCAGGCUCCGUUUUGGCCAAGUCGAGGGCUAUCUUCGGGUAUCGGGAAGCAUUACUGGCUAACAAGGAUACUUCGCCCUUUGGAUAGAUGGUUUUCUCAAAUCGUUCGUUUAUCUUUUUUUACUGCAUGUACGUUUGCACGAAUAAACCAAGGACAAUGUAUGUAGCAUAUUGCAUUGUCAAGGAUAAUGCAUAAAAUGUCGAAUUUGUAGGAUCUUAAGGGGAGUAAAUGGGCAAGUAGCAAACCUAAAUCGGAAUCAAGAGUUAUAGUUUCGUGCAAUUAGUUCUAAUUAAAGGUAUCCUAAUUGACAAGUUGUAAUUGAAAGCCAAAGCAAAUAUACCUUUGAAUACCCAAAUAAACAGAGCCAGAGCCAGAGCCCAGAGCUUGGUGAGAUUUCUCUAAAACGGAAAGCAAUAUAUGCAAUAUGCUGGCCAUAUAAAUUGGCUGCAAAUUUGCGUUAAUUGUCUGUAAUCGCUUUCAUUGUCUAUGCAAACAUGGAAAGGAGGUUUUCACUUUAAGAUUCCAACUAUGGAUUCUAUGUAAAGUCGUCCCCAUUGUUUAUUCGAAUUGGGGCAAUAAUGGUUCCUGGUUUAUUUACAUUCAAAAUGAAACUUAAUUCUGCACUUGAAUUAUUCAAGUUUUGUACAUAAAUGAAGAUGUGCGAGAGUGCUAAUAAUGUGAUUCUCUCUCUGUCAGUUUGUAUUUUCUGUUUAAUUUUAGGUUUUCUGUUCAAUUUGGUAGAUUUAUUUUUGGAAUUUUACUUUAUAAAGUAUUUAGGAGAUAUAGUUUGUUAGAUAUUCUCACUGAUUACCUCUUGCAAACUAUCGAUGGCCGAUUAUUGGUGAAGGAUAUAUUAUAUAUAUUUUCCUAGCAUCUGCCCAAAUAAAUA